AUGGACGGUAGGUCUCUCUUGGUGCUGAUGGUUGUCGUAACUGUGACGUCAUGUCUCGAGAUAAUGUAUAAUAUUGAAGAAGAACAAGAUAAGGAUUUUUACCUGGGAAAUGUGGCUGCGGACGCACAGCUAAUUACAGGUAACAAUUCUAAUAUAGAGUUACGAUAUAACCUCCUCACUACAGGAAAUCCCGAAGCCCUCCUUUUCCAUAUCAACGAAAGGACAUCUUCUCUCUACACCGCAGCCGUCCUUGACCGCGACACGCUCUGCCCUUUUACUUCAGCUGAUUGUAUCCUUAAAUUAGAGGUCACGGCUAUUUCUCCAAUAAACGAUUUCUUUGAGAAGAUAAAAGUGCACGUGAGAUUACUCGAUAUAAAUGACAAUGCACCUACAUUUCCGGAAAGUAGGAUUGACAUGGAAAUAUCGGAAAAUUCUGGUCCAGGUAAGUCUUUUCCGUUAGAUGGAGCCACGGAUGAAGACACCGGACAAAAUGCUGUCCAGAGUUACAGGAUCGAUACAGACGAUGUUCCAUUUAUUUUGGAGACGACAGAUUUCGCCGAUGGUAGAGCAUUACUUAGGUUAGUUGUUAACCAAGAACUUGAUAGAGAAACAAGAAACAAGUAUACUAUAAAUAUCGCAGCGAUUGACGGGGGAGACGAACCAAAAACAGGCACCGUUACGCUUAAUAUUACUGUCACUGACGCUAAUGAUAACCCGCCAAGAUUUCCGAAAGCUGUUUACAAUCGGACUAUACCGGAAGAUAUCGUGCCAAAUAGUGUGAUUUUAACAUUCAAUGCGACGGAUCCAGACGAAAGUGAAAAUGGACGUGUAUUAUACCGGCUUAGCUCCCAUCAAUCGGAGGAGAUCAGAAGACUCUUCAAAGUCGGCAUGACAACAGGGGAGUUAAGCGUUAUCGGUUCACUUAUUGACGAGAGGACCAACUCCUAUAGAAUUAUUGUUGAAGCGUCUGAUAACGCCUCUCAACCAUUAAUCUCUCAGACGCAGGUCUAUAUCAGUGUCCAAGACACGCACAACAACGCACCAGAAAUCACUGUCAAUGUACUCUCACAAAGCUACUACGCCGAGGUUUCGGAAUCCGCAGCUGUCGGGACUGUUCUAGCCAUUAUAUCAGUUAAGGACCCGGACAGUGGACAAAAUGGCGUGGUCACGUGCUUGAUAGAUGAUAAUAACUUCCGGUUGGUCGCUGAUGGAUCUUUUGAAUACAACUUUGUGUUGGAUAGAGUUCUUGACCGGGAGAUGAAGGAAUGGCACACUGUUAAUGUGGAAUGCUGGGAUUACGGGACUCCAAGGUUAAAUGCGAGCUCAAGGAUCUUGGUUCGGGUCCUUGAUAUUAACGACAACCCUCCACAGUUCACCAAAGCCAUUUAUUACGUGAAUGUACCUGAAAACGAUGAAGCAAAUAACGGAAUUCUACAAGUGCAGGCUACAGAUAGCGAUAGUAUCGUGCCAAGCAGUUAUAAUUAUUCUUUAUCGGUGCCUGAUGAAUAUAAAAACUUCUUCAGAAUAAAUCGAGAUAGUGGUGUGAUAACGGCAGUCGUUUCAUUGGACAGAGAGGCCACUCCUCGCAUUAUGUUCAAAGUGUUCGCAGAGGACGGUGGGUCGCCUUCAUUGACAGGCAGUGCCCUAGUGGAGGUGAAUGUUAUUGACAAGAACGACAACUCUCCAAGAUUUACCCCAACUUCAUUCGAAUUCGUCAUACCGGAAAAUCAGUUACCGAAUUUGUCAGUAGGUAAACUUACAGCACACGAUAGUGACGCAGGAGAAAAUGGUAGAGUGUCAUUCUCACUUGCGUCAAAUACUGACAUUUAUUUACCUUUUGACGUGUUAGAUAAUGGCACUAUACUGGGAACUCGGACACUGGAUAGAGAGCUGGUCUCUAGCUACAACUUCACUGUCAUUGCUUUUGACCACGGGUCACCAUCCUCGACCAGUAAAGCUAACGUCACAGUCAUCAUACAAGACAUCAACGAUAAUGCCCCCAUCAUCACAUACCCAAGUAUUGGAGGGGACCUUCUAUAUAUACCUUCCGACACCCUCCCCAACACCAUCAUCGCCACCAUUAAAGCUUACGACAACGACGAUGACAUCAACGCAAAACUGUCAUACUUUGUACAGACUAGCAACAUGACUAAACUAUUUACUGUCAACAAGUUCACAGGUCAAAUGUCAUUGUCUCGCCAGGUUAGUCGUUCUGAUAUUGGUACCUAUGACCUUUCAAUUCUAGUCCAAGAUGGCGGCCAGCCCCCUAGGUCAAGAUAUCGCUCAUUGACCGUCAUAAUAACAGAUUCCAGAAGAAAUCCAACAGAAGACCCGUCGGUUAAGAUUAAAUACUUCGCCAUUGCUAUCGCUAUUUCAUGUGUGACCAUAGUUCUUUCAAUUCUAAUAAUUCUAGCGAUUUGUCUCAUCCGAAGGAAAGACAGACAGCGGGACUCUAAAUACCCGGAGAGUGUGUCUACAAACUCAACAAUAGACACGGUACCGGAACAAAAUAAUCCGGAUAUCAAGGUCAAUGGGAUUUACACAAGGGAGGCAAUUCAGAAAUCGCUCACUGACACUCUGCCGCGAAAUACCGACACCUUUCCAGGAACAGACACCUGCCCGCGGGGAAUCGCUACACUAGAGCGGAUCAAGAAGACGAAGUCUCCGAGCCGGACUCAGCCUGAGAUUAUUUCGGAUUCCGUGGCCAUUUGGGACUGGAGCGAACAUGAUCAACCGGUUGACGGUAUGGGAGGAAUAAUUCGCCAGACCCGCCCCUCCCAGCCCUCCUACCCCUCUCAUAUACCACAGUCCUUCAUUACACUUUACCCUGACCAGACUAGCUUCGAGCAAACGGCGGAGUGGAAUUCGCACAAAGGUUGCCAUAGUUUCCGCCACGCGAGUUUACGGGGAGCAUGUACUGCUGACGUCACCAAUCCUUAA